ACUGCCCCAUUCUCUGAAAUGUCAGCACUCAGAACAGAGCUCCAGACCUUAUUUUGAAUCUGACUCCGAGUUCUGUAUCAUUUGUUUCAACCUAUUAUUAAUCGUAGUUUGUUAUGGUACACAAAGACCUUUGUGAACAUAGCUGCAGUCCAUGUGAAGAAGUUUGAACCAUUAUUAAUCUGAGGAUGACUAAAGACGCAUUAGCUGUCACUAUCGCGGUCUUGUGGCUGCUCUGCAAUCCGGCGAGGAUCAGGGGAACCGGGGGAUUUCAAGGCGCCAUUCCUCACCCAAAUAAAUACAGCCCAAACCAGUCGGAACAGUCACCGCAGACACCGCAGGCCAAUUCCAGGGGAACGGGACCGCCUUCAGUCGGGGACGAGGUGCUGGACUCCAGCCAGGAGGCUUUACACGUAACGGAGCGCCGUUACCUCAAACUUGACUGGUGUAAAACACAGCCGCUGAAACUGAUGAUCUACGAGGACGGGUGCCAGCCGCGCGCCAUCAUCAACCGCUUUUGUUACGGACAGUGCAACUCAUUCUACAUCCCUCGGCACGUUUAUCAAGAGGACAGUGCGUUUCAGUCGUGCUCCGUGUGUAAGCCAAAGAGUUUCACUACCGUUACUUACACGCUCUUCUGUCCCGGACAGACUCCCAGCACCAAGAAGAAGCGCGUGCGCCGCGUCAAACAGUGCCGCUGUACUUCUGUCGACCUGGAUUAAAUUUGCUGA